CUGCCAAGGUCUCCACUGAAGCCGCUGAGACCCGACAAAGAGAAACUGACCGAUCAUCUCAGCCUGGCGCACCCACCCUCCCGGAGCCCCUACCUAGAGGUCGUUUACUGAUCCAGCUCUCCCAGACAGAGCUUGAUGCGAGCAGGACGUGGGCGGGCCGAUGCCACAAGCAAAGAAGAGCACAGAGACCCUGACCCCAGCGCCCCCGGGCCGUUCCCGAAGCCUUCUGCGGGGCCUGCCGUCGCCUGCUCUAUGCUGUGCCUGUGGCUUGUGCGUGCUGCUGGCAGGCCUGAACGUGACACUGGUGGGAGCUUUCUCAACCUUCCUGCCGGGACACAACGUACCGCUGGUGGUGGGGCCCGCGCUGCUCGUGCUGGCGCUUGGCUUCUUUGCUGCCUGCUGCGUGUGCAGCCGCCGGGGCCCAGCUCCCCGCACGCGCUCCUCUGCCACUGCGGGUCAGGGUGGCAGGCGUCCAGGGACUGUGGCACUGGAGAUGGAGAGCAGCGAGCGCACGGCGCAGGACACGACGGCGGUGCAGCUCAGUCCAGCCGCCUCGGCUGCAUCCUCCAGCCGGUCCAGCCCUGGCCCAGGCCUCUUUGCCCUGGACCCUCCAGCACCUGCAACCGCGGCCCCCUACUUGCCGCGCAAUGAAGGGACCCAGGUCAACUUCCCUCGGGACCUAGCUGCCUCCUAG